AUGGCCAUGAACUUUGCCUCCAGUGAGGUGUUCUACAGCCUGAGUGUGAAUCAGCUGGCUGAGAUCAUCAGCCACGAUGAGCUGGAUGUUAAAGAGGAGACAACAGUGUGGGAGGCUGUGGUGAGAUGGGUGAAGCACAGCAGGGAAGACAGACUGCACCACCUACCCAGCAUCCUCCCUCACAUCCGCUUCAACUUGCUGACGUCAGACGACACAGCAGCCAUCUUGGAUCACCCCCUGGUCAGAGAGGAUGCUGGGAGUUCUGAGGUCAUCAGGAACCGGGUGAAGGAGACUUCCACCCCGAGGAAAAGAUUUGGGAUGGACACAAUGGAAAUGGCUCUGCUUUUUAAUUUCAGAAAAGAUGAGAUCCUCUUCAUGAACCCCAGGGAAGGGAAGUACGUCAGCCGCAGUUACCAUUUUAAAGAAUAUUGUUCAGUGGCAGCCAUGGCAGUCAGCAGUGAUAGCAACAUUUAUAUGCUGGCUAGAGAUUCAGGUAAAUUGACCAUGUUCAAGUACAAGCAUAUAAGGAAUGCACAUAUUUGGGCACAUGCAGGUAUGUCCCCAGUAUUUACAUUCCUGGAACAAGGAAAGAACUCGCUUGACUACAACGAGCACCUCGUUGAAGUUGAUCGUACUUUAUACUACCUUGGCGUGAAAAAGAGAAGCGACAGUACCUUGGUGCGAAUGAGAAAGUACAACUGGUACUCUGACCAGUGGCAGGAGUGUUCACAGCUGGAAGUUGACGGACUUUCUAAACUCAGUGCUGCAGUAACCUGCUGUUCGCACCUCUAUUUCUUCACAAAGUCGAAAAUGCAUCGCUAUGACCCAAGCCAGGAUCUGUGGCACCAGAAGACACCACCAAGAACCGAUCUUCCAAUCUGCACAGCCGUUGCCAUGGGAACAGAGAUCUUCUGCACGGACGAUCUGUUUACUCGGACUAUGGUGUACGAUACAGAGUCAGACCGCUGGCAGGAUUUGCAAGGCUGGUUGUCCCCAGAAUUCCCCUCUCACCUGGAUAUGAGCAAUCCCCAAUUCUUCGUACUGGAGAACCAGCUACACUUAGUGCUAGAAGCCUAUGAGACUACCAGAGAAAGGUCAUCAGCACAGUAUAUGGUAUAUGUGUAUGACAGGUCUGCUGAUGCAUGGACAGACAUGAAGGCCACAAUCCCAAAGAAUAGAUAUGUAUCGGGUGGUUCCAUGUGCCACGUGGCACGUAUGUACAACCCACUUUCUGAUGCACAGUAUGCAUUCAUGUAUUAGGUGCCUCCCAAGCCUUGUGACCCCACACUGGGAGGGUCGGGGGUUUAGUGUAUUCUAAAUGCUCUGGCGUUUGCAGUUAUGAAGCUAACCCCAUGAAAUUCACACAGAAUUCACAAAGACAUGUAAGAAUUACCACCAUGAUGUUAGAUUGGGUGAGUUAUGGAUAAUUUUCCAAAAAAUAUGGCAUCAAAAAUGAACUUCCUGUAUAGAAAGUCACUAUCCGAUUGUGACAAAUUUAGUGCAAUACUUGCCAAAAAUUUGGUCACAAACAAUAAUCUACGUACCAACACAUGCACUCAAAGUAUUAUUGUAGUUGCAUUUUACCAAAUAGAAGAGAAAGUCAAGGUAUAGUGCUUGAUUUUUCUCCAAAACUUGGCACUGUGUGGCAAGCACACGCUGGCACCGAGCCGCCAUUUAAAUCUACAGGCACUUAGCUUACAUGUCAGAGGACCACUUGCCUGCUCCAUAUAAGGCAUGGCCCCAAGGAAUACCGAGAAUUAAUGUCUCUAAAAUAGGGUUUCUGUUGGUUGAAAGCCCCUUCCGAAGAUCCCCGAAGGUUGAAGCAAUUGUCUGUCCAUGGGGAACAGCAGGCUAACUACCGAACCAGCUUGCUGCGUGGGGCAUACAUUGUGUACAUUAGAACAUACAAGGGGCUUUCUGGUGAUUAUAUCGGCUAAAAACUGUGGAAAACACAAUCAAGAGAAGACCAUACAAUUAUUUUACAUAACAAACAUGUGCUAAAAUGUUUUAGACUUGUAGUAACGUGUAAUAGUCAUGUCGAUAAAGGCUCCAGUAAUAGUUAUUGACUGAUUGAUUUUAGUUUCUCCUAACUGUGGGCUAUACCAAAUGUAUCCAAAGAUUGAAAGAAAAUAGGUACAGAUUUAUUGAAUCGUAGUGUUUUGUGCUUUUACUUUA